CGGAUUCAGUUCAGCUUUGAAAUUGACUGAUUUAAAUGAUUUUAUACAACCAUCACAGGUUAGUAGUACUUGUCAUUAGAGCCUUUGUCAUUUGAUAUAUCAACAUGUCUGACCAAAACGAAACACCAUUAAUUAAUAUUAAUGCUGGUGAUGGAAAAGGACAACAAGACGAAGAUGAUGACUUUGAUUUCUACUAUGAUUAUGCGAAAGCAGCACAAUUGGAUCGUUCAGGCUGUUGGACUGAACAAAAUUGGCAAGAAGAAAUGGAAAAACAUCCAUUGUUUGCAACCAAAGCUCCGGAACCAGGUCAAGAACAAUCCGAAUUGAUCGAUGCAUUUAGCCAGUUGAAAUAUGAUCCAGAAUUUAAUUCAAUCGAAGAACUAAUGAAUAGUUAUCGUCAAGAUGGCAAUGAAAAUUUUCGCCAUAAAAAAUACCGCUGGGCAAUCGAUUCGUAUUCGGAAGGUAUUCGUUUAGCUUUUAAACAUUCAUCUAAGAAUCAAUCAUCUGAAAACAUAGAAACAAAUAAACUAAAUGAGUCAUUAUCCGUUUUGUAUAAUAAUAGAUCAUCGGCACAUUUUCAUCUGGGUAAUUAUCGAAGUUCAAUGCAAGAUGCAACCAGAGCAAUGUUUUUGAAUCAACAAAAUCUAAAAGCUAAAAUUCGAUUUGCUCAAUGUUGCUGUAGAUUAAAACGAUUCGAACAAUGUAUCAUUUUCUGUAAGAAAGAAUUGGAUGAAUCGAAUGAAUUGAAAAUUGAAAAUGAAAAAGCUAAAGAAAAAUUUCGCCAAGAAAUGCAAACACUUCUAGAAGAAGCUGAAAAAAAAUUCAAAAUACAAAAUCGAGAUGAAAGAAAAUCAGCCAAAACUGAACAAAAACGUUCAUAUGAACAAAAACAAAUUGAACAAGCUGUUCAAGAACGUGGAAUAAAAUUCCAAGGAUCAUUGUUUGAAACUGAUCAUCCCACUGUACGAGGAUGUUUCGUACAUUUUGAUUCACAUCAAACAUUGGUCUGGCCUGUUGUUUUUAUUUAUCCGGAUGUAGGUCAAACAGAUUUUAUUGAAAAAUUCUCCGAAAACAGCACAUUUGCUGAAUAUAUUGAAAUGCUUUUCGAAACAAAACCCGAAUGGGAUCAAAAAAAUCAAUAUCGACCGGAACGAAUACGUUGUUAUUAUCAAUCAUGUCAGACAUAUACUGUUGAUGGCGAAAAACGUAUAGCACAAGAACUAGAAUUGAUUGAAUUCGAUAGAAAAUUAUCUCUAUUAAAAGUGCUUCAAUUAGAUGACUAUAUCGUUCAAAAUGCUGUACCAAUCGUAUGCAUAAAACCUGCUGAAACAAUUCAAGAUAAUAAAUCGGAUAAUAGUGAAAGCGAUGACAUUAUACGGAUUAAUAAAUCAAGUAAAUCAUGGAAAAAUCGACAAUCAGAACGAAUACAGGGGCAAAUCAAAGAAGGUGGUGAUACAGGACAACCUAAGUUGACACCGGUAUCAGUAACGCUAGGAGAUUGUUUGGCCUGUAGUGGUUGUAUAACAUCGACCGAAGCUGUACUGAUAUCCGAACAAUCACAUGAAAAAGUGAUCGAUAUUUUAGAUGAGAAACAAAAGAAUAAUAAUUUAAUCAUCGUAAUGACAUUAUCAUUGCAAGCGUUAGCAUCUUUAGCCGCAAAAUAUAACCUUGAUUCGAUACAAUCAGCUGCCGAACGCAUCAGUUAUCUAUUUCAUUCAUUAGGUGUCGAUUACAUUUUUGAUAUUGCUUUAGCUCGUCAUAUUUGUCUUCAAGAAUCAUGGCAAGAAUUAUCAAAACAAUAUAACUCGGAUACAAAUUCUAAACAGCCAUUAUUGUCAUCGACUUGUCCCGGUUUUGUGUGUUAUGCUGAAAAAUCACAAGGUAACAUUUUGGUUCCACUUCUCAGCCGUAUCAAAUCUCCACAACAAAUUAUGGGCCUUUUAGUGAAAAAGCGAUUACAUUUAGUUAAUGAUCAAUUUGUUGACGUUCAACCAGAUCGAAUUUACCAUAUAACAUUGAUGCCAUGUUAUGACAAAAAAUUGGAAGCUUCUCGAUUGGAAAAUCGUAUUGAUGAAUCGAUAAAAGAAGUAGAUUGUGUUAUCACUCCUUUGGAAGUGGAAAAGAUUCUUGAAUUCAAACAAAUCGAAAAUCUUGAUUCACUUCCUUGCCGCCUUCUUGAUCAGUUUAAUGUCGGGUUCAGUCCAAACGGGGAAAUACAAUCGCAUCGAGGAUCAGGAUCAGGAGGCUAUGCAGAUAACUUAUUGCGAAUGAUGGCUAUAUAUCAAAAGAUGGCCACCAAAGAGUUGAUGAGUACCGAGCUUGAAUGGAAAAUAGUACGCAAUGCAGACUUUUUGGAAAUUAAUCUUCAUGAAUCGGAAACAGAUACUAAGCCAGUGAUAUCGUUUGCCAUAUUGAAUGGUUUUCGUAAUAUACAGAAUUUGGUGUCACGAUUAAAGCGAAAAUCCUGUCCGUAUGAUUAUAUUGAAGUAUCUGCUUGUCCUAAAGGUUGUCUAAAUGGUGGGGCUCAAUUUCGCAAUAUUCCAUUCAAUAAAAAGUUGAAUGAAAAAUUGACACCAGAUUCGGAUCCAAUCGUGAUUACUUUCGAACAAGUUCAAAAACUUUAUGUUCAAUUACCAAAAACCGGAUUCGACUUUUUCACCAAUAAUGAAAUGAUAGAUAAUCAAACUGUUGAAAUUUAUUCAAAAUUACAAUUGGAUGAUGAAUUUCGUGAAAAAUUUCGUACCGAAUUCAGAAUUUUGGAGAAAAAAUUCAAUAUUUUAAAUUCAAAUUGGUGAAAUAUUAGUUGCAAAAACGACAUUCUUGAUAGUUAUUCUGUGGAAAUAGUCGAGUUUCU